CAGGCCGGGCGCUCAAUGGGAACGGCCGCGGCGGGGAGCGGCGGGGAGCGUCGCUCUCCCCCCCACCCCUCUGGCCACGCCCCCUGGGAGAAAAAGUUUCGGGCGGCCCCAGUGGCUGGAGGGGAAAAAAAAAAAAAGAUGGCGGAAAAUUUAAAAGGCUGUGCCGUGUGCUGCAAGUCCUCAUGGUCCCAGCUGCAGGACCUGUGUCGGCUGGAGAGGGUUCGCUGCCCCUCGCUGGGCAUCACCCGCAGGAACCUCAGCCACUUCGAGGUGGAGUUCCUGUGUGACUACAAGAGAGUGCGGGAGGAGGAGUUCUACCUGGUGAAGUGGCGUGGCUACCCGGAGUCGGAGAACACCUGGGAGCCGCGGAAGAACCUGCGCUGCGUGGGCCUGCUGAAGCAGUUCCACAAGGACCUGGAGCAGGCCUGGAUCCGGCGGGACGGCAAGCCCAAGAAAAACGCCCGCUGGCUGGACCAGGGCGUGGCGAACUACGUGGUGCAGAAAGCCAAGCAGCGGCGGGCCCUGUGGCGCUGGGAGCGCCAGCUGAACGCCAAGCGCAACCACAAGGGGCGCAUCGUGGUGGAGAAUGAGGUGGAUCUCGAUGGGCCACCCCGGGACUUUGUCUACAUCAAUGAAUACAAGGUGGGUGAGGGCAUCUCCCUCACCCAGGUGGCGGUGGGCUGCGAGUGCCGUGACUGCCUGGCGGAGGCAGCUGGCGGCUGCUGCUGCCCCGGCGCCUCCCGCCACAAGUUCGCCUACAACGAGCUGGGCCAGGUGCGCAUCCGGGCGGGGCUGCCCAUCUACGAGUGCAACGCCCGCUGCCGCUGCGGGGCCGAGUGCUCCAACCGCGUGGUGCAGCGGGGCAUCCGCUACGAUCUGUGCAUCUUCCGGACCGCCAACGGGCGCGGCUGGGGUGUGCGCACCCUGGAGAAGAUCCGCAAGAACAGCUUCGUCAUGGAGUAUGUGGGAGAGAUCAUCACAUCAGAAGAGGCGGAGCGACGAGGGCAGAUCUACGACCGCCAGGGUGCUACCUACCUCUUUGAUCUGGACUACGUGGAGGAUGUUUACACAGUGGACGCUGCCUACUACGGCAACAUCUCACACUUCGUAAAUCACAGCUGCGACCCCAACCUGCAGGUGUACAACGUGUUCAUCGACAACCUGGAUGAGCGGCUGCCGCGCAUCGCCCUCUUCGCCACGCGGCACAUCCGGGCUGGGGAGGAGCUCACCUUCGACUACAACAUGCAGGGUGAGUGCCCGCCGGGGGGGUGCCUGGCCCCACUGCUUGGGGGAGCCCUGGGGUGGGAUCCUCCCCCUGAUGCCUUCUCUCCUCCCCCGCAGUGGACCCGGUGGACGCAGAGAGCACACGGAUGGACUCCAACCUGGGCCGGGCUGGCGGCCUGGCCGGCUCCCCCAAGAAGCGGGUGCGGAUCGAGUGUAAGUGCGGGGCCGAGUCCUGCCGGAAGUACCUCUUCUAGCCCCUGCGUGCCCUGCCGGGGGUCAGGGACCCACGGCCACCACCGCGCAGGGCUCGGGGGUGGGGGUCAGGGGGGCCCAUGCCCACCCUUCCCCCGUUGGACUUACCUCACCUGCCGCUUCCCCCUUCCCGUCAAGGGGGUUUUAUAGGAACAGCUGUUGUGGAUUUUAAUCAGUUGGUUCCCAGGCUGUGUAAAGACCCUGGCUACUGUGUACCGAGCGCCACGGCCUCCUGUGGGAAGCUGCCAAUUUGGGGGGAUCCAGGAAUAUUCAACUUGAAGCCGCACUUGACCCUGCGUCCCUAUGCAACCGGCAAAGCAGCUGAGGGGGUGGGGGUGGGG